AACUCAUCAGCUAAGAGUAAUGUUUUAAGACAGAUUUUGAUUGGAGCUCAAUGAUAGUUGAAUAAUAUACUCAGAAAUAAUUAAAAAAUGAAGAUAUUUGUAUAAUUUACUUCCAGCACACAUCAUGCAAUCAACACCAGAAAGUUACCAAACUUUCGCAUGGAUCACUUGCGCUUCCAAACUUUUCUAGAUUUCCCAAGUGUGAAAAAUCUGCACUUUCUCUUUCCCAACUCCCAAGUCUACUCUUUGAAACCGCAUAGCAGGAUUUCGAUCCAUGCUCUUGCAUUUGUCAACCCCAUCAGAUUUCAUGGUUUUUCGAAUUUAGAGGUGUGAGAAACCUUGAAGGAGUCUCCCGGGAUUCGGAUCAAGCAUAAGGAAUGGAGUUCUCCCACGCUUCAUUCCAUGGAACCAUGAAAUCUGAAGCUGAAAAUGUUCUAAAUGCAAUACUGCCUCAGUUGAAACUACUCUCUAUGGCUGUCAUGGGUCUAAUUCUUGCCCACCGGAAAUUCCAAGUUGUCCCGAAAGAGACAUUCAAGAUCCUCAGCAGGCUUGUUUUUGCUCUGUUCUUGCCCUGCUUGAUCUUCAUUGACCUUGGUUCAUGCAUUAGUCUCACCAAUUUCAUUCAUUGGUGGUUCAUUCCCGUAAACGUGGUUCUAAGCACUGCUAUUGGCUGCGUAUUGGGUCUGUUGGUGGCAGUAAUCUGCCGCCCGCCGCCCGAAUACUUUCGCCUCACCAUUAUCAUGACAGCAUUUGGAAACACGGGCAAUCUCGCCCUUGCAAUUGUUUCAGCAGUUUGCGACAGCUCUGAUAACCCAUUUGGUGACGAUUGUUCAUCGACUGGUGUGGCGUAUGUAUCCUUUUCCCAAUGGGUUGCUGUUAUUCUUGGCUGCACUCUCGUUUACCAUAUGAUGGAGCCGCCAUUGGAGAAUUCUGAGAUUGUUGAAGAAGGAGCUGAGAUUGAGGAAAUACCCACUGAGAUCGAGAUUGAGGAAACACCCACUGAUAAUCUCAGCGUGCCGCUUCUUGUUGAAGCUGAAUGGCCAGGGCUCGAGGAGAAGGAAACAGAGAAUUGCAAGACACCCUUUAUUGCAAGGCUUUUCCAUAGCAUCUCCAGCAUCUCAAGAACUACUUUUCCGGAUCUUGAUUCAGUGCAGGAAGGUCGAACGUGUUUGGCAGAGCCUAGGAUGGUUAGAAAAAUCAGAAUUGUUGCUGGGAAAACUCCAUAUCGCCACAUUCUUCAGCCACCAAUAACUGCUUCGGCAUUAGCUAUUAUUAUAGGACUUGUUCCUGCGAUUAAAUCUUUUGUUUUUGAUGAUGACUCUGUAGUUUCUUUUAUCACGGACAGUUUAGAUUUUAUGGCCGAUGCAAUGGUGCCUUCAACUAUGCUUGUUCUUGGAGGAAUGCUUGCUGAGGGUCCCAAUGAAUCUAGUUUAGGAAUUCGAACCACCAUUGGCAUCAUUGUAGCAAGGCUCUUAAUACUUCCUUUGCUUGGAAUUGGUGUCGUCAUAACGGCCGAUAAGUUUAAUUUUUUGGUCUCUGGGGAUCAAAUGUACCGGUUCGUGCUUUUGUUGCAAUACACAACACCAAGCGCCAUCUUGUUGGGGGCAAUCGCAAGCUUGAGGGGUUAUGCAGUGAAUGAGGCAUCGGCACUCCUCUUCUGGCAGCAUGUGUUUGCUCUGUUCUCCCUUACAGUGUAUAUAAUUGUGUACUUCAACGUGAUCCUUUCUUUUAUCUAAAAGGGUGCACAGGAUGAUGCAUAGGAGACUUGCUCUUGCUCUGCAAUCAGGGGGGGGAUCAAUCAACAGUAAGUUUUUGCUCUGCAUCUCUUACAAUAUGCAAUCAGUUCAGAUUCAGUUGUUUUGGAAGUCGAAUUUAUUUAUUGAACUUCUCAGCAAGUUAGAAUUAAAUACACUACUCACUGACGCAUUGAAAGAUUUAGUUGAGAAUAUUUAUCAAAGAUUGGGCUCCCUUUUGUUUA